AUGGUCGACAAGCGUGAUGAUGGCUCAGGGGAGCGGAAGAUGCGUAUGGUUGUUAAUUACCAGGCUCUGAAUGCCCUUAAAGUCGCUCCUGAUUUUCCAUUACCUCCCAUUCAAGCCAUCCUGGAGAUGCUGGGAGGCGCCAAGUACUUUUCCACUCUGGUCCUUGAAGCAGGAUUCCAGCAAAUACGUAUGGCUAAGGAAGACCGCUCGAAGACGGUUUUCCGUUCCGUUCUAGGGCUAUUUGAAUAUCGAGUUAUGCCCUUUGGCUUUAAGGAUGUUCCAGCUACGUUCCAGGCCAACUUACUUGGCUACCGCUCGGGGUGGCUCCGGCAUCACCCGGUCGCAGCUAUGAGCAGCGCAUUGCACUCAGCGGCCUGUGAUUGGCUAGGCCUGCCCCUAGAGGGUGGCUCCACAGCAGAAUUUCUUUAUUAG